CACCCGGUCCCGCACCAGCCGGUGACCCCCCCAACCGCGGAGACAGCUGCAACCCGGAACCUCAGACCGCAGACCCCGUCCGCGCUGGGAAGCGGAAUGCCAGACUCCUCCGCCACCUCCCAGCCAGAUGACUGCCCCCAAACCUUGGCCACGUCCGGGAGACCCAAAUCCAAGCUACUUCGGCCUCUGACACCUCCUUGCAGAACUACACUUCCCAGCAGGCGCUGGAUCAGCGACCACAGCCCCCAGCAUGCUCUUAGGCGCGGCUCCGCCCCUGGCAUUAACCCCAUAGUGGCCGCAGAUGGGCUGGGAGAGGCGCAGAGCGCAGGUCCUGGCCACCCCUCCCACAGGAUGCCCGAGGGCCCUGAACUGCACUUGGCCAGCCUCUUUGUGAAUGAGGCAUGCAGGGGGCUGGUGUUUGGUGGGUGUGUGGAGAAGUCAUCUGUCAGCCGGAACCCUGAGGUGCCCUUUGAGAGCAGUGCCUAUUGCAUCUCAGCCACAGCCCGAGGCAAGGAGCUGCGUCUGACCCUGAGCCCUCUGCCUGGGGCCCAGCCCCCACAGGAGCCACUGGCCCUUGUCUUCCGCUUCGGCAUGUCUGGCUCCUUCCAGCUGGUGCCCAGGGACACGCUGCCACCCCAUGCCCAUCUGCGCUUCUACACAGUUUCACCUGGCCCCCAGCUCGCCCUCUGCUUCGUGGACAUCCGCCGCUUUGGCCACUGGGACCUCGGGGGCAAGUGGCAGCCGGGCCGAGGGCCCUGUGUCUUGCUGGAGUAUGAGCAGUUCAGGGAGAAUGUGCUGCGAAACCUAGCAGACAGAGCCUUUGACCGGCCCAUUUGUGAGGCCCUCCUGGACCAGAGAUUCUUCAAUGGCAUUGGCAACUACCUGCGGGCAGAGAUCCUGCAUCGGCUGAGGAUUCCCCCCUUUGAGAAGGCCCGCACGGUGCUGGAGGCCCUGCAGCAGCACAGGCCGAGCCCAGAGCUGACCCUGAGCCAGAAGAUCAAGGCCAAGCUGCAGAACCCGGACCUGCUGGAGCUGUGCCACUCAGUGCCCAAGGAAGUGGUCCAGCUGGGGGGCAAAGGCUACGGGCCGGAGAGCGGGGAGGAGGACUUCGCUGCUUUUCAAGCCUGGCUGCAGUGCUAUGGCGUUUCAGGCAUGAGUUCCCUGCGUGACCGGCAUGGCCGCACCAUCUGGUUCCAGGGGGAUCCUGGACCCCUGGUACCCAAAGGGGGCAAGUCCCGCAAGAAGAAAUCUAAGGAAAUGCAGCCAGGCCGUGAGGAUGGAAAGGAGGACCCUCCACCUCCAAGCAAGGCCCCUUCCAGGGCACAAAAAGCACGCAUAGACCUUCCCAAGCAGCCUGCAGCCCAGAAGCCCGAGCAGACCAGCCUCCAACAGGACCCCAGCACCCCCACAGUCCCUAAGAAAGGGAAGAGGAGGGGGCGACCAGCAACCUCAGGCCGGCGCAGACCCCAGAAGACCAGAACUAACACCCCAUCCUUAGAGCAAGAAGGGACCUCAGCCUCUUAGCAGGAUGGCCGCCUUGAUUGCACCCACCCCUUCCUGCUGCCUUGCCCUGGAUCUGUCCGGCUUCCUAGAAAUAGGCCCUGUGGCUGUCCUCUGCACAACCAUGAUGCUUUUAAGUGCACCACCCCCCUUCCCCAUUUCUAAAGCCCAUGUGGAAAAUCCUGUUUUUUAAAAAUAAACUUAUAAAGUUGAACUUCUAGGAACGUAUUGGGCGGGCUGCAGGCCUGGGAAGGCCACGUUGGGAGGGCCUGCUGCCCAGCCCUGAAGAUGGGAGGCCACCUCAACAGGGCAAACUGAGCCCCGGUCCCAGUCCUCAAGGCCCUGGCUUGCAGAGGAUCAUCUGCUGCUGCCAGGGACAGCCCCUGGGAGGUGGUGCAGACACCCUGGCCCAGGCAGGGCAGGCCCCACUGCUCCUCUGGUCCUGGAUUUCUCAGGGCUGGUGGCUGCCGCCAUGCCUGGCCUUUACUAGUCAGUCCCCCAAGUCUAGUGCAGGCAGCCAGAACCCACACUCCUGGUCUCCACCCCACCCCAGGCCCUCUGUACCUGCUGACACAGGUGAGGAGCUGCCUCUCUCAUGGUCUCUUAACUUGUGGUCACCUGAGACCCCCAGUCUCUCUCACAGGGGCUGCAACCCAGACUCUGCCUUCACAGGUAGACUUUGACCUCGCCCCUGCCCUCAAAUGCCUGGGAGAAAACCCUCCCCCCUUAAAGCUUGAGGACAGGCCCCUCGGGGGCUGCCAGCAGGGCU